AUGAGAAUUCGCAUUGGGGCGCAUUUGCAGCAAACAUCGCUGCAAGACCCAAACAAUGUUUGGUGUGCGCCUUCAAAUAGCUUACUGUAGAUUUUUGAAAGAAUUGAUUUUUUUUGAAAAUGUGAAAACAAAAAAAAAUUGAAAAAUUUUCCCCCGAUUUAAAAUUCCAACUUCUUAAUUCCCGUUUCAUUUCUCAUAUUUUUUUCAGAGCCAAAACCAUCAAGAAUGUUGUCCAAAUCAACGAAGAACUCACAGCCGAAGAAUGGAAAAGAAGAUAUGAGAAAGAGAAGGAAAAAGCAACAAGACUUGCCGCUUUGCUACAAGCAGCAGCUUUGGAAUUGGCAAGAUGGAGAGCUGGAGAAAGUGUGGCUGAAAAUGAAUGGGUCAAUUUGUUGGCUGAAAGUGCACAGAUUGGAAUAUCUGAAGUGUCGGGUGGAUCGACACCAUUGAUGGAAAGAUCUAUUGCACCAGCACCGCCAAUGUUGACUAGUGGAAAUGGGCCAAUUACUGAUGAGGAGAAGAAAAAGUAAGGGAUUUUUGGGGAGGGUUUUCACCCUAUUUCGCCUAAACUCAUUUUUUUCCAGAUACGAAGAAGAACGUGUCAAAUUGUAUCAACAACUCGACGAAAAAGAUGAUGAGAUUCAAAAAGUCUCCCAAGAAUUGGAAAAACUUCGACUUCAACUCACUCUUCAAGAAGACGCUCUUCAAACAAUGCGAGAAAACGAAGAAAUCAUUCGAGAUGAAAAUUCGAGAAUUCAAAAAGAGGCUGAUGAUAAACAACAAGAAGGAAAAGAAAUGAUGACUGCUUUGGAAGAAAUUGCUGUUAAUUUGGGUAAGAAUUUUGGGAACAGGAGGAUUUUGAGUGAGAAAAUAGGAUUCUUCAUGAUUUUCUGAUUUUAUAGACAACAAACAUUUUGGGGUGAAAAAUAUCGGGAACUUUUAAAUUUUUAUCAAAAUUUAUCCCGUGGCCUAGAAAUUAUGAAAACUCUUCCAUAUUUUCCAGACGUUCGUCAAGCGGAAUGUGAAAAACUGAAACGCGAUUUGGAAGUUGUUCAAGAAGAAAAUCAAUCAUUGGAAGAUCGAAUGAAUCAAGCAACUUCACUUUUGAAUGCACAUUUGGAUGAAUGUGGUCCGAAAAUUCGACAUUUCAAAGAAGGAAUUUAUAAUGUUGUUAAAGAAUUCAAUAUUGCUGAAGUUGUAAGUUGUUUUUCUGCCAAAAUGUAUUUUUUUCAACCAAACCCCACCUAUAAAUAUAUUUUCAGGCUUCGCAAAAUGAUCAACUUCCUGAUCACGAUCUUUUGAAUCAUGUUCGAAUUGGAGUUUCGAAAUUAUUCUCCGAAUAUUCGGCUGCCAAAGAAUCAUCAGAUGCUGCUGAACAACAAGCUGAAACCAAAUUAGCAGCUGAUGUUGCAAGAGUUGAAUCUGGACAAGAUGCUGGAAGAAUGAAGCAAUUAUUGAUUAGAGAUCAAGCUGCUAAAGAGAUUAAACCAUUGAGUGAUCGUGUUAAUUUGGUUAGUUUUUUUAAGGAAUUUUGAGGGGGGUUGGGAUAACUGAAACUUUGCUGAUUUUUUUGAGAUCAAACAUGUGCAGAAAUUUUGAAAAUCGUAUAUUCAUUCGGAAUUUUUCUCUCUGAUAUGAAUAAUUUUUUUCGAACAUUUUUGGUUUUUAAGUUUCUAAAUAUUUACUCCCCCUAAUUUUUUCCUUUUUUUCAGGAGCUCACAACUCUCAAAAACCUCAAAAAGGAAUUUUUGCGUGUGAUUGUUGCUCGAUGCCAAACAAAUCAAGAUACAGAAGGAGAAGAUUCGCUGAGUGGACCAGCACAAAAACAACGCAUUCAAUUUUUGGAGAAUAAUUUGGACAAAUUGACCAAAGUUCACAAACAGGUUGGUUUUUUUUUUGAAAUGAAAAGGUUGAUGAAAUAUCAAGAUUUGGAUUUUAGGUACUGAAUAUUAUCUGAAAAGUAUCCAAAAUAUUGAAGUUUCACAUAAAUAUCUGGCAUUGCUCAUACUAAACUGAAUAGUAUUAAUAAUCUUCUAUAUAUAUUUUCAGCUUGUUCGCGACAAUGCUGAUCUUCGUGUCGAACUUCCAAAAAUGGAAGCUCGUCUUCGCGGAAGAGAAGAUCGUAUCAAAAUGCUCGAAACUGCGUUGAGAGAUUCGAAACAAAGAAGUCAAGCUGAACGCAAAAAAUAUCAACAAGAAGUUGAGAGAAUCAAAGAAGCUGUUCGACAAAGAAAUAUGCGUCGAAUGAAUGCGCCACAAAUUGUGAAACCAAUUCGACCUGGACAAGUUUAUUCGGGACAAACAACACCUGGAAGUGUUCCAGUUAUUAUUGGUGGAGGAGGUGGUGGAAGUGCUGGAAAUGGUGGAUCACCAAAUGGUAUGAAUCAUUUUGAUCGAAUGACUAUUUCACAAUUAGUUGCUGAAAUUUGAGAAUUUCGACUCGAAAUUUAGAUUUCACGUUAUUUUCCAAUUUUCAAUAUUGAAUUAGCGCUUUAAAUCGUUUUUUUCAAAUCGAAAUGUUUUAUCUAAAACAGAAAAUUACUUUUUUGCGGAAAUAUAUUCAAAUUUUAAAAUUUUGUAAAGUUUCUACAUGCCUUUUGGCAAUUAAAAAAAAUUUCCACGUAUUUUUUCCAACCAAAUAUUAUCGAAAAAAUACUACAGUAUUCAAAAAUUGUGUGCUCUUUACUUUUUUUCUCAAAUUUGAAGUGAAAAUUUCCCUUGUUGUCCUUGAGAAACACCCAAAAUUUUUCUACAGUAUCUCCCGGAUCUCCCGGACUACUGUAGAUUUUUUGGUAUGUUCUCAACCCAAAAACUAACAUGUCUAUUUGUAUUUUUUCCAGCAAAUCAAUAA